CGAAAGCAGAACACGCGCGCGACCAGACUCGUCCUGCGGUAAAAAGAACAUCGUGACUCGGAGUCGCGAGAAACUCCGACCAGAGAAUCCGAUUUCGCAAUGCGAAUCCUCGGUUGGCCUUGAACGACAUUGGAAUCGUCAGAAUCUCACCGACGAACACCCGUCAACUGACUGUUCCCAGUGAAACAAAAUAAGAGAAACCGAAUUUCGAGCGACAAGGGUUAGCCCAUCGACAGCUGGAACAAAAUAAAUGGCGAUGGAGGUGAAUCGUUGAACGUCGGGGACGCCCGAUCCCAUGGAACAUGUCGCUGGUGGUACGUACAGUCUACGAAAUCCGUAACUCCAGGUAUUGAUAAAGCGCCGAUGCCCUCAACCGCAAGGUCCGUAGUUACAGUUUGACUAUACAUCGAAGAGACUGUCGGAGGAAGGAGCAGUGCGCGUCGAACGCUACUACGAUGAUGUAGACCACCCAUAUAGUGUUCAGUCGCUACGUAGGAUGUAACAGACACCCGGUGAUCGACAUCAGGAUCUUCUUGGUGAUCGAAGAGCCCGGCACCAUGCCGAAGGAAGUACCAGUGGAGAACCUGGUGAUCCCGCCGCAGGAUGGCCGAAUCUGCGGGACGAUUUGCAUCUGUCAGAUGACGGCCGUUUUGUCCUCCGUCGCGUUGGUCUACCUGACCGUAGCGAUCUACAUGCCCAGCACCAGGGCGUUCAAGUCCGGCAUCAGCGAGGUGCCAGUGAUGUGCACGACAAUACGCGCGGUGAACGCGGACAACUGCGACUGGGGUAGCUGCGGGGAGUGGUGUUUGUCGAAAACCUCCGGUCCCUGCGUACAGAUUCACGUGAAUCUACGGGGGAACGGGUCUACGAUACUCCUGGCGAACUGUACGAACACCACGAAUAAGACUUGUUACGGUAUCGAUCAGGAGAACGCGAAGAAAUCGAAAUGCAUCGCCGACGAGUGUCGUAACCUAACGGGCACGUUCAAUUGUACGUCCGGGGUGUGUAUCAAUAUUACGGACGCGUUCGAGUGUAUAUUUCAUGAUACCGAUCCACCGAUGAAGUGUUCCGGGAGACGCGGGAAAAUAACUUGCAUAGACAUAGACGGUUUGUUCAAUUGUAAUCGUGGGACUUGCGAGCGUAUUAGAACCCCUUAUAACUGCGAUCGCAGGUGCGUCGAUAUCCCAACUAGAAACAAGAAUAUGAUAUUGCUAAGCGGUGACAAGGUUUAUCUUAGUCAAUGCGAGAGAGCGAUAGACGUUCUCUCGAACGAAGAGAUUUGGAACGAGAAUCGCGGGGACGUCAUGAUGGCGUCGUGCUACGGAAUGUUCAAUUCCACCCUCGGCGUCGAGGCUGUGGACUGCAUAAACGGUUCCGUUCUCGAGAAGGAUCUUCUCACAGAUCUGACCAAUUUCACCUAUCUAUCCUACCUCAACAUAUUCGCGACCAAACCGCUGGACGAGAGCAGAAGGGUCGCGCCACCGGAGCAAGACUUGAUCAUCGCCAACGAGAGCCGUCUGCUGAUCAAUCUCGAGGGUUGCGUGAACACGCUUCGCGAGGAGUGCAAGGACUUUCUUCACGAGUACGGGAAAGACGGCUCCGACCAUAACGCGCGCGCCAGGUUCCCCUGUUACUAUGCCAAGGGCAACACCGGCGUGGUCGUGUCCCGUUUCAAUUUGGAGAACACGUACAAGGAGUUUCUGGUCGCGUUGCUGUUGCCGAGCAUUCUUUUCGUCGUCAGUUGCCUGACGUUGAUCUUUUGUCAAAGGACCGUGGUGGUCGGGGACGACGCGAAGAUGAGAUUCAAGGGCACGGUCGGUUCGCAGAUAGAGAAGAGCACUCUGGGUAACCUAGGGGAUGCUGGCGGAGGAAACUCUGCUAUGGCGCUCUGAGAUCCGUCACGCAUUCCCCUCCUGGAGGAGAGUCCGGCUCGUCAGUCGAUAUUCUCCCUGCGCGGGCAUUAUUAAGGUGUGGGGAGGGGGGGAACGCGUGGUUAAAAUUCUCAUGUUGCAAAAAAAGUAAAACAAAAGAAAAGAAACAAACGCAAACAUUUCUGCAAAGCCAUCAAGAAAACAAACCAAAAAAGAGAGCAAGCGAUCGAGAACAACAAAAAAAAAGUA